UCGUUUAAACCUUGCCCAGCAGCAAGGGCCGACUAUUCAGCUACAGUGACAUCUCGUCAAAGAAGCCAGAAAUGGUAGACCGCACGAGGUCGCAGUACCACAUAAGAGAGCUUCCAAAUAUUUGCCUCAAAUUCCACGCUAAACAAAGACAAUGGCAGCCCAAAACUGAUUGACCCUUCUUCACGCCAUCGCCAGUUCAACCCCAGCCCCAGAACCGGAUGUGCAUUAUAGUACAUGCUUUUGCAUCGCUUUGCACGUGCGCGAAUGCGGUACGGGGCGAUAGACGCGUGAUAUCUCCUAAAUAAAAUGUGCACCGUACGCAGCUUACCAUUGUCACAUUCUCCACUUUUUCCACCGCCACCCAACCCACCCAGAAAAAGCAACAAAAACCAACCCCAAACAGUAAGCGUGUGGGCAAUGGGUUAAGGGCACCAUGGGUGUGAACCACCAGCCAACAGCCACAGGGAGGAAGAUUUUGAAGUUAUCAGCCCGAAACCUUGACCGGCUAUCACCGGUGCACCGAAAGUGUGCGUGUUUUGGAUGUGGCCGAAAACGUGACGGAUUUCUAUCGUCUCUCGAUGCGGGUCGCGGUGCGCGAUCGCUUAUAAAGCGCGCCCGGACCCUGCUGGCCUCGGCUAUAGGGCAACCGUGGACACACCGAGUGGCGUGGCGAGUGUCGUGUCCCGUUCUUCAACCAUUUCAGACGUGCCAUGCUGUCCGCAGGAACUACGCUUAGCGCUGCCGGGUGCAGCGCCAUCAUACUGCUGCUCGUGGCCGGUGGUUCGCACUGCGGAACCAUCACGGCUGUGAGCUAUGGAGAACCCAAAAAGAGUAAGUUUUUUGCCGAGAAUGUUACCUACUAUGCUGGUUCCAGCUAAACGCAUUUGGUGCUUUUCUCCCUAAGACAUGUGUUCCCCAUACGAGGUCUUGAAGUCGUCGGAACCGUGCUGUGAGCCAACGUGUGAUGACGAUUGUCUGCAUGCUAUCUGCCGCAGAGCACCGGAUUCGGUCCCCGUGCCGACGUGCGUUUGCCGGCAAGGCUACGUUAGGCAUGGUGGAGCAUGCAUACGGAAGGAUUAUUGUCCAUCCCCGUACACCACCGCAACAACUUACGAUUCGUACCGCCCGAAGCAACACUAUCCAACGCCGCGCCCUAAGCAGGUGAAAACGUGUGGACAUAAUGAAAAACUUACCCACUGCAAACCCUCGUGUGAACCCACGUGCGACAAGGACUGUAGCGGUGUGAAGCGCCCGGAAGUCUGUGUUCCCGAAUCGGCUUGCGUCUGCAAGGAUGGUUUCGUGCGGCACAAGGGCAGCUGCAUCAAACGGUACGAGUGUCCCAAGCGCAACCCGUUCCUAUCGCAGCCACUGUCCGGCGAGUACAUUGACUUCGAUUUCGUUUCCAUGGAAACGCUCAAGUCGGAUGAAGAUUUCGAUUAUAAACCCCAGGCCGAAUUCUAUGUGAGGCGACACCACUUCCCUACCUAUGAGCAGAAGAAAUCGUCGCUGGCACCGAUGUACGUACGAACGAUGGCCAGUGCUGCAAACUCCGCUUCCACCGGCUCGUGUGAGCACACCACCGAAAGGCCCGCCCUCUAUCCGCCGCUGUGUGCUUGCCACAGUGCAAAGAAACUGAUGACACCGGCGCACGUACCCCGGAUGGAAGACCAACAGUCGUACGAAAGUACGGAGGAAGAUUCGGACAUUGUACCGUACGCACCACCGCCACCAUCGGCCGGAUCGUACAGGAAGGCACCGUCGAUGGGUCUGUUUCCGCCGAGCACUCCAGCAUCCGUUGGACCGUACUUUGUGCCGCGCAAAACACUGCCCGCACCACCGCUGGCACAUCGGUGCGAUCUGAACGAACCGUUGGACCAUUUUUAUGGUUCCGCUCAACAGAACUCGGACGCGCAGGAUGAACCCCGGAAGGUUCCAACCGUUUGGCCACCGGUGAGCACCUACAGCCGUUGUCCAACGUGUAGGCGUUCAUGAGGAGCUACAGAAGCAAAGCAAAAAAGAAGAAACUACAGCGUUAGAAUGUUGCAUACAUUAUAAUCACUCACCCCAAUCGUUGCAUAUGAGCGUUUUGCACAAUAAAUUAUUCUCUUUCAUAAAUUCAAACGGCGCCAUUGUUGUGCGAUUUUCUACUGCUU